GAAAAGUCAAUAAUAGGAGGUGAUUAAUAAGUGAAACUGAUUAAUGAGUUUGAGAUCUGCAGAGAGGAAAAGAGUUCAUGGCUUCAGUUCGGGAUAAGAUUGCAGUCCUAAAUGUUGUGGGAAAACUAUACAGUCCCCUGAACCGACCACAUGAUCACAAACUGAUCAACAAGGCCACAGUGAUGCAAACCACUGAUACCCACAACCAAGACAUGUGGAGCAACAUCAUCACUGUUCUACAGACCCAAGUGAAGAUCAAAAGACGCAGGAAACAUCUGAAAUCUCACGAUAACUGCUUCCUGGGCUCAGACGCAGCUGAUGUCGUCCAGGCUCAUCUCGUCCAAAAUAAAGCUCUUGGAGAUGCUGAGGUCUGCAGGGCCAGAGUGGUUCGUGUUUGCCAGGUGCUGCUGGAUUAUAAAGUGUUUGAGGCGGUGGGAACCAAAUCUCUGGGAAAGGCCAAUAAACCAGAAGUCUUUCAGGACAGUAACACCGGUCUCUACAGGUUCCUCAACGUGGAGGGUCCUUCUGUGGAGAUGUUUGAAACGGUUCUGUUGUCUCCCAAUGAGGAGAACUCAUUGAACGUCACUCCAUGCAGGCCAGACGUCCUAUUGUUCUCUCAUAGCACACCUGUUAAACCAGGUCAAGCGUUGGAUCAACUCAUGGAGAAGCUGGACUUGACGGGACUUGUUGGUUCUCCUCCCAUUGAAUGUCUUCCACCAUCUGUUGUAAGAGAAGUGUGGCACGAGCAGACAGUACAGCGGUUGUCCCGCUUAAUAGAUCUCCCCCUGCUGGAGGGAGUACUGGACUGUGGCAAGAUUGUUUCUCCCCCAUCUCGAGGCCGUGAUAAUGAGCCUGACCUGCUUUACACCAGUAACUACCUGGACAGAGAAGUUCUCAAGGCCUUCAAAGACUCACAAUCUGACGUUUGGUUGUCGGCAGCCAUAGACUUGCUCGAUUUUCUGCCUGACCAGCUUGUGGUGGAGGUGAGCAGAGAGCUUCCUGGCUUCUCCUUUGAGGAUGAGGACGGCGAGGAAGGCAGUCCCUCAGACGAGUGUAAAUUACUGCUGUUUCACGUACUGGACAAACAUUAUGGACACAUGGACUUCAAGCCGCUCCUCUGUGACAGCAUGCUGGAUGUCUAUGUUGAGAUCGUGGAGCUUCUGGAAAAUGGGAAGUUUGAACGAGCCCUUGAAGUUUUGCAGCUGACACUAAAGCUACUGUCUGCGUCUGCACGGGAGGAGCUGCGCAGAUUGCUGGAGUUCAUGGCUGUGGCUGCAGAUGCCGCUGAGAUCCAGCUACACACACAGAUUGAUAACCGUGUGAUCGUGAGGAAGACCUUUACGAGAGCCAUCAUCCAAAGCCGGAGUCUGGCGAAAGUCAAGCUAGACCUUCUGCUUCUCUUCAUGCUCGACAACCAUCAGGAGAUCUUCAAGAUUCCAGGUUCUCUUCACAAGCUGGUUAGUGAAAAGCUGGAUGACAUUGUGAAACACCGAGAUUUCACCACCAAUGACACCCCAUUUUGCCUGCGAGUGUCCAGGGAAGUUUACACCGAAACUGUGAAAGAAUCAACUAAAAGCGAAUUGUACUCUCUGCUUAAGAAGAUUGACGAAAACCCCAAAUACUCAACGAAGGAAAAGAAACGACUCCUGGCACAGUUUUACAAGGGACAUCCUGAGAUCUUUAUGCAGUAUUUUGGAUCUAGACUGAGCUCUCUAAACCUUCUUGAGGUUUAAAGUGUUGCUGUAAACUCUUGAAAAACAAAUAUUGUGUGUAUUUUUAAAUCUAAAUAAAUAUAUUUAAUGUGUCUGUAA